CUGGUCGCCAACUUUGACGACGGGGGCGGCGAUGAACUGGAUGGACGUCGUCACUCCGUUCGCCGCCUCCUACUACCGCAGCCACCUCUGCCUCCGCAGCUACCGCCGUUGCUGGUCUUAAACUGCCCGCCUCCAAUGGACACCGAUAGCGAGGAUGUGGAAUUGAAAGCCGUUGAAGACAAAGACAAUUCGACACAGGUAGGAGCCGGGGUCACUGCUACCACUGCUUAUGACAUUUCUGGACAAAGUAGCGGUCCGCUGUCAGUUGACUGGCAAGGUACUCUGAGCGACGGUCUGAAACGGUGCUGGAUCAGCAGCUCCGCGGCAGCGGCUGCAGCUGCGACGGCGGCCGCUGCCGCGACAAUGUCCGCCACAUCAACAACAAUGACCAUAGCGACAGUGACGGUGGACAGUGAUGACAAGGAAACAAAAUCGUCGAGCGACACUGAAAACGCCUUGCGCGGCGCCGCUAUGUCCUCUAACAGUGUGCCAGACAUCGUCGCCCAUAAGCUGAGCACCGGCUCUCUGUGCCAACAGCCGCCGACCGGGCUUGGAAAUCUUGAGUAUUCGCUGCAGUACUUCUCGGUUCGCAAACGGUUGCGCGUAUGCGUGAUCAAAGCUGAAGGCUUGGCCGGUCGGUUGCGGCCGGACAAGCAGUUGAACACCUUCGUGAAAGUGUGCCUUUUGCCCGGCAAGUUGCAAAAGCAGAAGGGCACGAGGUUGGUCAAACGGACUAGGAACGCAGUAUACAACGAGGAGUUCUUCUUCAACAACAUCGGCGCAGAAGAUAUCGAAACGAAGUCAGUCGAAAUCCGACUUUGUCACCACGGUCGACGACAGUUCCACCAUGUGACGGUCGUCGGCGAGCUGCAUAUCCCACUGAAUUCGGUGCCAACGCUCCUGUCCAAGAAGGAAAUACGCUUCGUGCAGCAGCUAAUGCCAAAGCAAAUCAAGUUUACUUCCACUACUUUGGAUAGUAGGAGGAUUACAACGAAUUCUCAAGAUCAUGCUUUGAUACCUUAA